GUAUAUGAGUUACGAUAUCACAUUUAAUUCAGAAUUAUAGAAACCUGUACAUGUCUCGAGACAAUUAUUAUUUGUGUUUUCCUCUUUCGAUGUCAGUACAAGCUUAUUUCUUUGGAAGCUCAUUGAAACCAAAUGUGUAGGCAAAUUUGGAAAUUACAGACAAGCGGCAUUUUCAAUAAAAUUUCCACCUGACAGAUGCUUUUUGUUCCGAACUUCCCAUGCGUUAUUUCCCACUAUAUCGUAUCAAAUUACGGAGAAAAUUUAUAUUUAAAUAUAAAGGGGUGCUCGAAGAUUUUUGGUAAGUUUAUGGAGUUGGUGAAAGCUGUGUAAAUCUUGUGACCACUGCUAACUGUCUAAGUAUUCCUUCAUAUUAACUUGUUAGGUCAGGAUUUUGGUUUUAAUUAAGCAGAUCGUUGUUGUGUUAAUCUCAGAAGAAGGCUUUACAAUUUCACCUCACACAUCAUUGUCUAACUUAAUAGGUUUGGCGUAUGUAUAAAUGUACAUUUAGUCAGAAAAUCACUCUCCCCUUGGAAGUUUUCUACUGUGUUCACAGCCCCUAGUUUCAUUGCAGGAUUACUGUGUUUAAAAAUUUCACCAGGAAUUUCGAUUGGUUCUUAUAUGUGAACAUAUAUCGCUGUGGUAAGAUGACAGAAAGUUGGUCUAUCGGACCAACUUUUCAUUUUGGUCCACACGCUUUACUUCCUGCCAGUGAUCUUCAAAUAUUGUGCAAUAUACUUCAGUGUAAAGAUUGUUGGUUCAGACGUUUGUACCAUCAACUGGUAGCCAAGGAUUUACAGUCGACUCAAAGUGUAAAGUCAAGAUCCAACAAAGUAUUCGCUUCAUCUUCACCAUUUCACAGCCUUACACGAGCUAUUCAAGCAGUAUUACGUGGCUUCAAUUUAAAUCGCAAUUGUCUGACAGAAAUUGAAUGUGAAACAACAAAUUUAACUUCUCUGCUUCACUUACACAUAAAAUCUGAUCAUCAUCAUAUAACUUUGGUCAGUACUAAACUGUGUGUAAGAAAACGAUAUUGGGUGUGUCCUUCUCAUGGUCGUCAGCUGUUCGACUUACUCUAUUGUAGUGAUGAUGAUCUUAGUAUUCCUGAAAAAGAUGGCUUAGGUCUUCAUUGUACUAUUCGAUCAAUAAUUCCCCAAGGUCACUCCGACUUCUUUCGCUCUGUUGAGAAAUCCAGCUCCUCAGAUGAAAGCGACUGUCCAGAACCAACGUUCUCAGUUAAGAUCAGUUAUACACCUGAGUUGUAUUUAUUACAGUCGUCUACAAAUUCUCAUAAGAAAUUACCAGCAGAUACUAAUUCAGCUUGUUUCACGUUACCGGCGAAACUUGGGAACAAGCGACUGAGUGAAGUAAAUAAAAAAUGGUUAUUCACAUACAGCGUAAAUAAUGCGGCGAAAAAAGUUAUCUCUAGUAAGAGUGGGUCGUCAGAUUCCUGUUGUAUUGAUAAGACUCUCAACAGUUCAAGACGUGUACGUUUUCCUAGCGGUAAUCCUGUCUCGGCUGUCUACAACUUACGAACAUAUGCUACAGCAAGCAGAUUAGAACGAUCCAAUCGUAUUUGGGAGAUAGAAGCAAGAUCUCGUUAUUUUGAUCGUUUAAAGUAUUUAAUAUCAGAAGGUUAUGAACCUAAUGUAGCAUCACAGCUAGCUGCGGACGAUGAUGGUGCCGCUGAAUCUAAAAGCGAAUUUACCAACGAUAGUGUAGAAAAAUUAAAAGAUUUACAGUUCACUGGUGGUGAACCAUCUAAGCAGGCGAAAACGCGACGCCGUAAACGUCAUCGUAAAAAUAAACGUGAUCACAAAUCUCAGUGCCCUCCACAUGUACAUAAUCCCACAGAUUCUAGUUUUCUAGUGAAUGGAAUAAACGGUAACUAUCAGAAAUUUGUAUAGCUUAAACCUCACAUAUUAUAUUACAAGGAAGUUAUUUGUUUAUUCUUUUAUACUACUACUAUACUACUCAGUGAAUAUCUCUAUCUGUGAUAUUUGCUUUAAAUUUGAUUGUAAAAAAUAUUUUUCUAUACAGAAUCUCAUUGUAUUGAUUUACUGGUAUAAAGUUACUUUUAAGAAAACGUUCAUUCUUUACACUUAUUCCUUACAUUUUCGUUACACUAAUACCAGUGGGUAUUUUCUUUAUC